AUCAGUCCUUGUGAUGGCUGUUCGGUGAGAAAGGUUAAAUGUUCAGGCUCAAGACCUUGCACCAGAUGUGUUAAGAAGGGCAUCCCUUGUACCAAUAACAGGAUCAAAAAGAAGUCGGGACCAAAGUCGAAGAAAAAUGAAGAUCAGACCUACUUCAGAACAGUGCAUCUUGAUCUCUUCUCGGAAACUGGAACUCACACCAACAAACCGCCUCCAGAACUAAUCCCAAUGAGUAUCUUGCUCCCAUAUCUUCAAGUGUAUCAAACCUGGUACUACAGUUUGUGGCCAGUAUUGUCAGUGACUCAUUUAGUCACCAAGUUAACCAUUCUUGAACCUGGGGAAGUACUCGAUCAAGAAGGUUCAGUCUCAUAUGCUCUAUGUUUGGCAGUUUGUGCGGCAAUAUCGAGAAAGAUUGCCUUCAUAAGUGAAGACCCAAAUAUAAUACACCUACCAACGGGAGUCCGGGGUCGAGACUAUGUGCUAGCAGCUCUCAGAAUUCGGAAUGAAUAUGAGCAUCUCCUCCAUCCAACUAGUGAGACUUUGUUAACUUCAUUUUUCUUGUACGUGUACUACUUCCAUAAUGAAGGUGGAAUUAAUGCAGCUAUUACAUACUUAAGAGAAGCCAUAUCUAUGGCACAAAUCAUGAACUUGCAGGACCCAGACACAUACUUAAAUAAGAGUCCUACUGAGGUGCAUCGUUUACGAAAGAUAUACUAUAUUCUCUUAGUCACAGAAAGAUACAUGUGCAUUGAAAAGGGAAUGCCUGUCAUUUUGGACUCUACCAUCCAAUUUCCGAUGUCUCAAGAUGAAGAGUAUUCGAACCUAUUGACUGGUUUCACUGAACUAAUUAAGAUAUUCUCGAUUCCAGAUCGUUCAUUUUUUGAAAAAAUGAGGAUGUUGCAUAAUACUGGGAGUAAUUACGAUAAUCUAAGAAAUUUCUUCCAUUUCCCGAUAAACAACAUUACCGAAGGAUGGGUAAUAGAUGUUGACAAUAAAAUCAAAGGAAUUUCCAUAAAAAAUAGUGCUGCAGAUAUUCAGAAGGCUAAUUUCUUGCUCUCUAAACACUGGAUGAGGUCAUUGGUUUGGCAUGUAGCUUUCCAAAAUGGACUCGUAACCUAUAAUCGAGAGGACGCUGACUGUCUUAGUGUCAAAUAUCCUGUUACUAUUGCAUACGAGUUCUUGGCUUCUACUAGUAACUUGCCAAUGUAUGCAUUCGAAUCGAAUGGACCCCAAGUUGUUGUUAAAUUGCUAGAAAUAGCUAAUGGGAUGGCUGAUACAAUGAAUGAUCUCGCCUUCUUAAAGGAUGGUUACGAUACGUUUGCAUGUCUGAAUGCUUUGAAUUCGAUAUUUUGGUUCAUCUCCAGGUUUAAGAUAGAUGUUAGUUUGCCUAUGCAGUUGUAUCAUAAGAUUGAGAGCAUUGUCAAUGCAAGCCCUAUUCCAAAAAUG